AUGCGUGCAAUAGCUAUAUUUGAUAUAUUUAUGUUAUAUGGAUGGAAUCUUGAUCAUUAUCUUUCAAGUAAACAUGGAUUUAUACUUUUAACAUAUUCAAUAGCAACAUGUAAAAUAUUUGGAUUUUUAAAUUAUGUUGCUGGACAAUCAACAGCUUGGCUUCGUAUAUUUAUAUGUUUUGAUCGAUAUUUAUUAGCUAGUCGUCUUCGUCGUCCAUGGUGUAGUCGUGAAAAAGGUGUUCUUAUGAUUAUUACAUGCAUUAUUAUCCUUGUUACGAACAAAAUGAUAGCCAACGGUAGUCUAACUGGCUUAUUUUCAAAAGAAGAAAUUUCUCUACCUCGUCAAGUUCGUUUUUGGUUGUUUCUCAUAUUAGUUAUUCCAUCCAUUUAUUGUUCAUGUGUUUUACUUUUUCAAGUUUUCGUCAAUAAAAAAUUUCGAUCUCAAUUGAGUAAUCAUAUUAUUAUCUGUCUACUCAUCUUUGGAUUAAUUAUAGAAUUAAUCGAUAUACCUUUGCAUCUUAGUUUCUUACAAUUAGGUAUUGUUUGGCCAUCUACACCUACUUUAUGUACUGUUUGGUGGUUUGUAGAUACAGGAAUAUAUAAUGGAUGCGUCAUAAUUAUGGAAUGGGGUUCUGUUCAUCGUUAUUUACUGAUAUUUCAUGAUCGAUUAUUUUCGACUGCAAAGAAGCGUUUUCUUCAUCACACGAUGCCUCUUUUCAUUUUGAUCCUAUAUAUCUUUAUAUUUUAUACAGUUGUAAUAAUAUUUCCACCAUGUUCAAAGACAUAUGCUUAUAACUUACCUGUCUGUGGUGAGUUUCCAUGUUAUUUAGAUAUACCUUUACUUGGUAUAUGGGAUACAGUUAUAAAUAGUAUUAUACCAACUACAAUAAUUACUAUUUUUAGUAUAAUUGUACUGGCUCGUGUUUAUAUUCAAAAACGACGUCUUAAUCAUGCUAAUCGAUGGCGUAGACAACGUAAAAUGACAAUUCAAUUAUUUUCUAUUUGUAUUUUAUAUUUAGCGGCGAAUGUUCCACUCAAUCUUGUUACUUUUGGUCAUAUCUGCGGUCUACCUCCUCACUUUGGCGCAGAUGCACAAGUUUACGCUAAUUAUCUAUGUUAUUUCGUUACUCUUUUAUUUCCAUUUGUCUGUCUUAGUACUCUUUCUGAAAUGCGCAAAAAACUACAAUGGAACGGUUUACUUUUAUUUCAACGAUCGCAACGCAUUGCUACGAUCAAUCCUAAACGAAUAUUUAGACCGUGA